GGGGCGGAGACUGGACGAAGUGCCGGGAGAAGAAGGAAUAAAAGAGAGCAUAGACUUCCACGCAGGCCUAGAGCGGCUCUUAAGCAGUGGGGAAGAGCCGGGCGGGCGGGGACCACCUUCAGAGCUAGCCGCUGGCGGUAUCAUGGCGACCCGGAACCCCCCUCUCCAAGACUAUGAAAGUGAUGAUGAGUCUUAUGAAGUGUUGGAUUUAACUGAGUAUGCAAGAAGACACCACUGGUGGAAUCGAGUGUUUGGCCACAGUUCCGGACCUAUGGUAGAAAAAUAUUCUGUAGCCACCCAGAUUGUAAUAGGUGGAGUAACUGGCUGGUGUGCUGGAUUUUUGUUCCAGAAAGUUGGAAAACUUGCAGCAACUGCUGUAGGUGGUGGCUUUCUUCUCCUGCAGAUUGCCAGUCAUAGUGGUUAUGUCCAGGUUGACUGGAAAAGAGUUGAAAAAGAUGUGAACAAAGCAAAGCGACAGAUUAAGAAACGAGCAAAUAAAGCAGCACCUGAAAUCAACAAUAUUAUUGAAGAAGCAACAGAAUUCAUCAAACAGAACAUCGUGAUAUCCAGUGGAUUUGUGGGAGGCUUUUUGCUAGGCCUUGCAUCUUAAGGACAUGAAUGUGCUGUCCUAGUGAAGUCAUUAUGAGAAGAGAAGUGGUGGUGACUAAGGUCUCUCAACAUUGUGUGCUGUCACAUUCUGCAGGGAGAUGAGAGGCAAUUAGCUGGAUAGUGUAAAACUCACAACUUAGCAUUUUGCCAUCAUAAGCUUGGCAAAUAAUAGUAUCUGCUAUAAAAAAAAUCUAUGGUUUGUGUACAGAACUGGGCAAAUCAUGGCUUUCAUUAUUUUUUUUUAAAUAUGCAUUUAUUUAGAAAUUAGCCCCAAAAUAUCAUUAUUGAAUAGAUAUGGAGAGAAAAGAAUCAGUUGAAUAUAUUCCUUAGUGAAAUAUUGUUCUUGUUUGAUCUAAAUAAGAUGUUUUUCAUUGUGUUUUAUAGUUUAUUGGAGAUAUUUAAAGAUUUGUAUUAUAGCUUCAACAUUAGGGAUGACUUAAAAAAUACUUGAAAUUAACUGAAAAAUGAAUGCCCUUUUGUGUAUUUAGAAAUCAUAGAAUCAUUACCAGUAUGUAAGUUGUCUUUUCUUGCAACUCUUUCUUUGCUUAUAUAAUAACUGUAGAAAUCUAUGUCAAAAUAGACUGCUCUUUGAUAUUUUUUCCCACUCCCAAAACCCCUCCUCUUUGAUUUCUUUUAAAAGAAAAGUUAUAAAAGUAUUUAAGCCUGCUCUGGGUUUGAUAUCCAGCACUGCAAAAUAAAAUACAAGUAUCUAUGCUUUUUUCAAAAAAUCAAUUUAUUUAUCCUUGUAGCCUGAACAGAACUAAUUGUUUUGUAUAGUUAAGUCACUGAUUCAUUUUAUUAACUGAGUGAAUUUUCUUUCUUCUAAAAAUCCUUAUUAUGAUGUUGUCCUCUUUUCAAAAAGGUAAAAUCAUAUGAAGUACUUAGUACAUUAUAAUUUUUAUUAUAACAGCAAUGAUUUUCUGUAUAAUUAUGAAAUUGUAACUUAAAGAGAAUCAUCUCUUUGAUGUAAUCUGUAGCUUCUGAAACUGUGGAUUGUAAGCCUGUAUGGGAUCACAUAACUGUACAUGGGAUCAGAAAACAUCUUUAAAAUUUGUUGUAAAAUAAAUUUCUUUAUGAUGUAUUAUCAGUAAAA